CUCAGAACGAACUCAUUUCCGCCUUGAUGUCUGCCAAUACCCCAUCCGUCAAGUCCAAGGCGGCCUCAGAUGGUCGCGAGGCUCCUGCCGCACCGGCACAACCAGAUGCUCAGAACCCGCCUCAGAAGGACACACCAACUCUGUUCCAAAAGGCGUUUGACCGAGCGAUGAACAGCACCCACGAGGAGAUCAUGGCGCGCCACCCUUCCUGGAAGGACACGCCUCACCGUGGGGUAAGCCCAGACACGGCUCUACGCUUCAUGGAGGAGAUGGAGAAGGAGGAUCGAGAGCUGCCUGAUGGAACGGAAGGAAACGGAACGGGAGCGAACGGAAGGCACAACACCUCGUGACAGCACACAGAGCUGGACUCAACAAGGGCCAUCUAUCUGGGCUGUUUAUAAAUGCUUGCGAGAUACAGAAAAUGCACUACAUUUCAGUAUGAUGUUUGAUCUCACCCAACCACUGUCAUGGUAGAUAGCAAGGACGUUGCUGGUAGGGUGUUCUGGCAGGGUGCAGUCUUUGAA